CUCUCGGCGCUCAUCUGUUCUACUACUUAUAACCCAUUAAAUGGAUACCUCACUUCUCUGCUUCGUCGUGACAGCCGCCUUGUCAGCGUAUCUCAUCUGGUUCUAUCUCCUAGCACGAACCCUGUCCGGUCCAAAGGCCUGGCCUGUUGUCGGGAGUCUCCCUGGCUUGAUCGCAAACCGGUCUCGAAUUCAUGAUUGGAUAGCUGACAACCUUCGACGCACCGGUGGAUCUGUCACCUACCAGACUAGCAUUCUGCCUCUGCCUUUCGUAGCUCGCAGGCUAGGUUUCUAUACAGUUACCUGUCAUCCUAAGAACAUCGAACACAUACUCCGAACCCGGUUCGAAAACUACCCAAAAGGUCCGACCUUGCAAACCGCCUUCGAUGACUUAUUAGGCCAAGGCAUUUUCAACAGCGACGGCCAUACAUGGCUAAUCCAACGCAAGACAGCGGCGCUUGAGUUCACCACACGAACACUCCGUCAAGCCAUGGCUCGAUGGGUCAACCGGACGAUUGAGUCACGGUUAUGGCCGAUUCUCGCCAAGGCCACCACCGAUAACUCCCCUGUAGACUUGCAGGACUUGUUGCUUCGCUUAACGUUCGAUAAUAUAUGUGGGCUUACCUUUGGUAAGGAUCCUGAAACGCUUUCCCCCGAGUUACCUGAUAACCCGUUUUCCGUCGCGUUCGACUCGGCCACUGAGGCGACUAUGCAGAGGCUACUCUAUCCGAGUCUGUUCUGGAGAUUAAAGAAAGCUUUAGGGAUCGGAUCAGAGAAGGUACUGAAGGAGAGCCUCAGAAUAGUGGAAAAUUACAUGAUGGAGGCCAUCAUAGCACGUAAAGAAGCACCGUCGGAUGAUUUGCUCUCACGUUUCCUCGAGAAAAAAGACAUCGACGGCAACUUCUUCCCAAGCUCGGUUCUAAGUUUUAUUGCUCUCAACUUCGUUCUUGCUGGCCGAGACACGUCAUCCGUUGCACUAAGUUGGUUUUUCUGGUUGCUCAUGUCUCACCCGCUAGUGGAGGAGAAGAUCAUCAACGAGAUAUCGACGGUCCUUAGGAAGACACGUGGUGAGGAUCAACAUAAAUGGGUGGAAGAGCCGCUGGGAUUCGAUGAAGUGGAUCAACUUGUCUAUCUUAAAGCAGCGCUGUCCGAGACGCUUCGGUUGUACCCGUCCGUGCCGGAGGACUCCAAGUAUGUCUUAUCGGAUGAUUUCUUACCGGACGGAACGGUUGUUCCGGCAGGUUCGACGAUUACUUACUCGAUUUACUCGGUGGGGAGGAUGAAAGCCAUAUGGGGAGAUGAUUGCUUGGAGUUUCGGCCGGAACGGUGGAUCUCAUCGGAUGGGGACCGGUACGAAACACCGAAAGAGGGUUAUAAGUACGUGGCGUUUAAUGCGGGACCUAGGACUUGCUUGGGGAAAGACUUGGCCUAUCUGCAGAUGAAGUCGGUGGCUGCGGCAAUACUGAUACGUCACCGGCUGUCGCUGGUACCCGGUCACCGCGUUGAGCAGAAGAUGUCGCUGACGCUCUUCAUGAAGAACGGGAUGCGUGUAAACGUACACCAGCGGAAUCUGGAAGGGGACAGUGGCAGCGUCACUUCUUCCACCUAGUCAGGGGUUUCUUCUUGGUAUGGGGA